AUGCAAGAUGCUGGUAACCGGGAACGGGCUGGUGGAGAUUCUGUUGCUGGAACUCCUGGUUGGGCAGGCCGCGGCAGCUGUGUCCACGUGGGCAUCAUAGAGGAAAGAUGCACGCUGAUUUCAGACACACAAGAUGUGAAAAGAUGCCCCAUCCUGCUGCUGACCAGUGACAACAUAAAACAGCGCCUUGGCUCCGCUGCUCUGGACAGUAUCCACGAGUACCGGCUGUCCAGCUGGCUGGGGCAGCAGGAGGACAUCCACCGGAUCGUGCUCUACCAGGCGGACAGCACGCUAACACCUUGGACCCAGCGCUGCAUCCGGCAAGCUGACUGCAUCCUCAUCGUGGGCCUGGGCGAGCAGGAGCCCACGGUGGGCGAGCUGGAGCGGAUGCUGGAGAGCACAGCCGCGCGUGCCCAGAAGCAGCUGAUCCUGCUGCACCGGGAGGACGGGCCGGCACCCUCCCGCACCGUCGAGUGGCUGAACAUGCGGAGCUGGUGCUCUGGCCACCUGCACCUCUGGUGCCCCCGCCGCGUCUUCUCCAGGAGAAGCAUGCCCAAGCUGGUGGAAAUGUACCAGCGAGUCUUCCAGAGGCCCCCAGACCGGCACUCGGACUUCUCCCGCCUUGCUCGGGUGCUGACUGGCAACGCCAUUGCCUUGGUGCUUGGGGGAGGGGGGGCAAGAGGCUGUGCCCAGGUCGGCAUCAUCCGGGCCCUGACGGAAUAUGGCAUCCCUGUGGACAUGGUUGGAGGGACGUCCAUCGGGGCCUUCAUGGGGGCCCUGUACUCCGAGGAGCGGAACUACAGCCAGAUACGGAUCCGGGCCAAGCAGUGGGCUGAGGACAUGACAUCGAUGGUGAAGACUGUGCUGGACCUGACCUACCCUAUCACGUCCAUGUUCUCGGGGGCCGGCCUUAACAGCAGCAUCUGUAGCGUCUUCAAGGACCGGCAGAUCGAGGACCUGUGGAUCCCCUACUUCACCAUCACCACAGACAUCACGGCCUCCGCAAUGCGGGUCCACACGGAUGGCUCCCUGUGGAGGUAUGUGCGUGCCAGCAUGUCUCUGUCAGGCUACAUGCCUCCCCUCUGCGACCCCAAAGACGGACACCUGCUGAUGGACGGGGGCUACAUCAACAACCUGCCAGCGGAUGUGGCCAGGUCUAUGGGGGCAAAGGUGGUGAUUGCCGUUGACGUGGGCAGCCAGGACGAGACGGACCUCACCAACUACGGCGACGCCCUGUCUGGGUGGUGGCUGCUCUGGAAGCGCUGGAACCCCUUGGCCUCAAAAGUCAAGGUGUUGAACAUGGCAGAGAUCCAGACACGCCUGGCCUAUGUGUGCUGCGUCCGGCAGCUGGAGAUGGUGAAGAACAGUGAAUACUGUGAGUACCUGCGCCCCCCCAUCGAUAGCUACGGCACUCUGGACUUCGGCAAGUUCAACGAGAUUUGCGAAGUGGGGUACCAGCAUGGGCGGACAGUGUUUGACAUCUGGGGUCGGAGUGGUGUGCUGGAAAAGAUGCUGCAGGACCGACAGGGGACAAGCAAGAAGGCAUGUGAUGUCCUUACCUGCCCCAACGCCUCCUUCACUGACCUUGCCGAGAUUGUGUCACGCAUUGAACCCGCCAAGGUAGCCACGGUGGACGACGAGUCUGACUACCAGACCGAGUAUGAGGAGGAACUGCCAGACGGCCCAAGGGAUGCGUAUGCUGACUUCCAGAGUGCCCCGGCCCACGUGGGCUCGGACUCGGACGACGAGUCCUCACUUCGGCAUCGGAGCCCCAGUCUGGCUUCCCAGGACUGCCCCCGGACUCCUACCCCCAGCACUCUGACCAGGAUGGGUAGAGGUCUCCACUCAGAUGCACCCUAGAGCAGCAUCUGCUGUGGGCCUCCCUCAGAGACCCUGGCUCCUACAGCUCCUGGGGCUCUUCCCAGCCCGCCAGGAAGACCGGCUGGGGCCUAGGGCCCGUGAGCCACUGAGUCCAGCUUCUCUUGUGCUGGAGCCCAAGCUGCGCUGGGUGCCUCUGCCCGUCUGCACUGGCAGCUUCUGGUGGGGCUCUCGGUCCUGGCACCCUCUGUGCACAACGGCAGUCCCAGGGGCUGUGCCCGCCCCCGCGGGGCUCCCGGAGGCCUCGGAGACCUGUCGGAGCCCCUGGUGCACCUGCUUGAUGUGUCAAUAAAGGUAGAUCUGACUGUGUGUGGA